AUGGUACUUGAGCUUGAUGCAUGCAUUACCCCCGCCCUCUUCACUUCUGAAAAGAAAACGCUCACAUCAGAGGAAUUUUUGCAUCCAUGCUAUCAGAGAGCAUGCUUGGAAUCUGUAAUUCGGGUAAUGCCCCUGACGAGAUUUGCUGCCGAUGCAUUCAGUGUGGUCACAAUUUGUUUAGUAGCCAUAUUGCUUCUUCUGGGCUUGUUGUGCAUUGCAUACUCAUUUUACUUUCGCUCUCGUAUUAAUCAUCAGGGUUUUGUUCAGCUCAGUUAUUUUAGUGGUCCUUGGAUCAUCAGAAUAGCAUUCAUUCUGUUUGCAAUCUGGUGGGGUCUCGGUGAGAUUAUUCGGUUAAGUUUGUUAAGACGUGCCCUUCACUUAAAAUGGCAGGAAACGAUAUGCAAAUGCUACAUUGUAUCAAAUCUGGGGUUUGCAGAACCGUGUCUCUUCCUCACACUCGUGUUUCUCCUUCGUGCACCCUUACAGACAUUGGAGACUGGAAUUAUGAACAGAAAAUGGAAUGGGAAAACAGCAGGGUAUAUUCUGCUUUACUGCUUCCCAGUUUUUGUUCUUCAACUUUUUGUCAUUUUGGUUGGACCUCAGCUAAACAAGAAUAACAAUGGUUCUGGAGAAAAGUUGCCUCAUUAUUUUACAAGUACAGUUGCUGCUUCUUCAUUUGCAAAGGAGCAUGACAUCGCCCUCUGUACUUACCCUUUACUCAGCACACUUCUCCUUGGCCUUUUUGCCAUUAUCCUGACCUCCUACCUCUUUUGGCUUGGAAGUAGGAUUUUGAAAUUAGUCAUUAAUAAGGGUUUGCAGAAGAGGAUUUACACGUUGAUACUCUCAGUUUCAGGUUUCCUUCCAUUAAGGGUUCUUUUCCUUGGUUUAUCCGUUUUGUCUGGACCUGAGCAUUUUAUGUUUGAAGCCUUUGCUUUCUUGGCUUUUCUUGCCCUUGUGUGUUGUGCUGGGGUGUGCAUGUGCAUGCUUGUGUAUCGUCCAGUUGCAGAUAGUUUAGCGCUAGGGAAUUUACAAGAGUUAGAUGCUUGGAGUCUCAAUGUUGAUUAUAAUGAUACAAUGUCUCUUAUUGCUAAUCAGGGUCACCAAGAAGAUAAUGAUGUUGAGGGGAAUAGUCCCAGACAUGGCAGGUAUUCUGAUGCAUCAACAAAAGGUGGGUCAAUUUCAUUUCAGACAUUGGACAGGGAUAGGGAUAGCGAUGGUACUUUUGUUGAGCUAAGCCUCUUCUCUCCCACCCGACAUGGAUCCCAUCCCGGACAUGGCCUAGGCGAUCCCCAACCCAAACUGAUUUCUUUGCCUGAAUAA